AUGCACCCUUUUUGUGUUCAACUUGCUUAUUUUGUAAUCCUUUCCUUGGUUGGACAUUUGGCUUUGAAGAUUUCAAAGCCGAGAACCGCAGGCUCAUUUAGGCCUGCAAGUCUUGACAUCUUCUUCACCUCUGUUUCUUCUGUAACAGUUUCAAGCAUGUCAACGAUGGAAAUGGAGGUCUUCUCUAACACUCAACUUCUCAUCAUGACCAGUUUGAUGUUUUUGGGUGGAGAGGUCUUAAUUUCCGUACUUGGACUUUAUCUGUCAAGGUCCUAUUUCUCUAAACAACAAACCAAAGAAAGUAGAGUCACUUCUAAUUACCAUAGCCCUCCAAAACCUACCACCUUUUCAGGGCUAGAGAUUGAUCAGAAACCACCCAAUGUCGACCUAGAAUGUAAUAUCAACUCUUCAGACAAUGACCAAAGUCUAAAGCUUAACUCCAUCAAGUGCCUAGCUUAUGUGGUUUUUGGUUAUUUCUUAGUAGUUCAUAUUACUGGUUCUAUUUUAGUUGCUAUGUAUAUAAGUCUUGUACCUAGUGCAAGAGAAGUCCUGAGCAGUAAGGGCCUUAAAAUACAAACAUUUUCUUUGUUCACUACAGCCUCUACUUUUUCCAACGGUGGUUUUGUGCCUACAAAUGAGAGCAUGGUAGCUUUUAAGAAGAAUUCAGGUCUUCUCCUAAUUCUUAUCCCUCAAACACUUCUUGGAAACACAUUAUUCCCAUCAUGCCUGCGAUUAUCGAUAUGGGUUUUGGAGAAAAUCACAAGGAAAGUGGAGUUCAGAUACAUUCUGAUGAAUACUAGGGAGAUGGGUUAUGGCCAUUUGCUCUCUUUUGCUCAGUCAUGCCUUCUGGCUAUUACAGUCUUGGGGUUCAUAAUGGUGCAGUUUAUCCUUUUUUGCUCUAUGGAGUGGAAUUCAGGAGCUAUGGAUGAUAUGAAUUCCUAUCAGAAGGUGAUGGGUGCAUUGUUUCAGGUUGUAAAUUCUAGGCAUUCUGGUGAAUCUGUUGUUGAUCUCUCCAUCAUCUCUCCAGCAACCUUGGUGCUCUUUGUGGUUAUGAUGUAUCUCCCACCGCACACUUCAUUUUGGCCAAUAAAGCAACAGGAAGAGGUUGUUUCAGGAACCGACCAAAAGUGCAAAAAGCAAAGAAAGUCUUUGGUUCAUGCAUAUGGAAAUGUUGGGUUCUCAACUGGCUACAGUUGCAAACGACAACUUGAACCAGACAGCUUGUGCAAAGAUGCAUGCACUGGAUUUGUUGGACGGUGGAGUAACAAGGGAAAAUUUAUCCUUAUUCUUGUCAUGUUCUUUGGAAGGCUUAAGAAAUUCAGCAUCAAUGGUGGUAAAGCUUGGAAGCUAUACUAA